GUAUGGCAUCGCCGGUUCCACCAACGUGCAGGGCGAGGAGGUCAAGAAGCUGGACGUCUUGUCCAAUGAGCUGUUCAUCAACAUGCUCAAGUCGUCCUUCACCACCUGCGUGCUGGUCAGCGAGGAGGACGAGCAGGCCAUCGUGGUUGAAAAUGAGAGGGCAGGAAAGUACAUGGUGACCUUCGACCCUCUUGAUGGUUCUUCCAACAUAGACUGUCUCGCUUCCAUUGGAUCCAUUUUUGCCAUCUACAAGAAGACUGACAACAAUUCUGCCCCUAAUGUGAAUGAUGUACUUAAACCAGGAAGGGAAGUUGUGGCUGCUGGCUACUGUUUGUACGGCAGCGCCACCAUGAUGGUGCUGUCCAUAGGCCGAGGAGUCAAUGGCUUUAUGCUGGAUCCGGCUAUUGGAGAGUUUGUUCUCACUGAAAAAAAUAUGAAGGUACCUCAGAAAGGAAAGAUCUACAGCAUCAAUGAAGGCUAUAGUUACUUAUGGGAUGAUGCUAUCAAGGAAUAUGUUCGACAAAAGAAAGAUCCCUCUUUUGGCAAACCUUAUGGUGCUCGUUACGUUGGAUCAAUGGUUGCUGAUGUUCACCGGACUUUGAAAUAUGGUGGAAUCUUUAUGUACCCCGCUACAAAGGACGCACCAAAGGGCAAGCUCCGUUUGAUGUAUGAAGCUAUUCCAAUGGCCUACUUGGUAGAACAGGCAGGAGGUCUUGCAACAAAUGGGCAGAAACCUAUUCUUGACAUUCAGCCUGAACAAAUCCACCAGCGCACUCCUAUUUUCUUGGGAUCUAAAGAUGAUGUUCAGGACUUGCUCACUGUUAUCAAAAAGCAAGGCAACUAAGUCAUUCUUCAAGUAAUUGCACUUUCAAUUCCAGUACAGAGUUAUGACUGUUCUACAAGACUGAUGUAUGUGAUAUACGCUUUUAAAUUCAUUCUUUUGCCAUGUUAUAAUUUGAUCAACUCAUAUGAAUUUUAUCCUUUUAAAUGAGUAAAAUAAAUCAAUCAAAUCCCGUUA